UCAAAAUCAAUUAGGGCAGGAAUAACAUUCCCAGUUGGCAGAGUCACAAGAUUAUUGCGGAAUGGUUUUUAUGGUUUUAAAAGGAUCUAUUCGAAUGCAAGUGUUUUUUUUACAGCUGUUUUACAGUAUCUAACUUUAGAGGUUUUAGAAAUAUCAUUAAAUUGGGCAUUUCUACAUCAUAAAACUCGAAUUACACCACAACUAAUAAAUUGGUCAGUGGAAAAUGAUACAGAAUUGUCCCACCUAUUUAAAAAUGUACACAUUGCUUUUGGAGGUAUAGUUCCUCAACAUGUCCAAUAUCCACCAAGUAGGUCCAAAAAGAAACAGGCACAUUCUAAAAAA